GCCGCCGUCAGUUUGGCUGGGCAGCCGGGAGGGUGCGGGACACUCGGUGGCAGAGACGCGCGCGCGGCCGGCCGUCCCGAGGCUGCGCGGCGGGGCCUUCGCCAUGCCGGGAAUGGUGCUCUUCGGCCGGCGCUGGGCCAUCGCCAGCGACGACCUGGUCUUCCCGGGGUUGUUCGAGCUGUUCCUGCGUGUGCUGUGGUGGAUUGGCAUCCUGACCUUGUACGUCAGGCACAGGGCGAGGCUGGACUGUGCCGGCGGCGUCCUGCUCAGCAGCUACCUGAUCGUGCUCAUCAUUCUCCUGGCAGUUAUCAUUUGCACCGUGUCGGCCAUCGUGGGUGUCAGCAUGAGAGGGACCAUCUGCAACCCCGGGCCACGGAAGUCCAUGUCCAAGCUGCUGUACGUGCGCCUGGCGCUCUUCCUGCCCGAGAUGGCCUGGGCCUCUGUGGGCGCCGCCUGGAUCGCGGGCAGCCUGCAGUGCGACAGGAUCGUCGUGAACGGCAUCAUCGCCACCGUCGUCGUCAGCUGGAUUAUCAUCGUCUCCACCGCGGUCACCAUCUUCAUCGUCUUCGACCCCCUGGGGGGGAAGAUGGCUCCGCACUCCACCGCCAGCCCCAGCCUCCCGGGCAGCAGUCAGGAGUCGGGCCAGUUCCUCACGGGCCUCAGGACAGCCGCCACCAGCGUGUGGGAAAGGCGGGUCAAGUUUAUGUGCUGCUGCAUCGGGAGGGACGACCACACCCGUGUCGCGUUUUCGAGCACGGCAGAGCUGCUGUCCACCUGCUUCUCGGACACGGACCUGGUGCCCAGCGACAUCGCAGCCGGCCUCAGCCUCCUCCGCCAACAGCAGGACAGUGUCCGGGACAGCCAGGAGCCCAAGGAGGUGACCAGCCACUCCCCAGGCUCCUCCCCGGAAGGCGAUUUGAACGCAGAGUUAGAAAACUGCCAUCACUACAUGCAGUUUGCAGCGGCCGCCUACGGGUGGCCCCUCUACAUCUACCGGAACCCGUUCACGGGGCUCUGCAAGAUCGGCGGCGACUGUUGCAGGAGCAGGACCACGGAGUACGACGUGGUGGGAGGCGAGCAUCUGCACUGCCACUUCGGCUCCAUCCUGCACACGACGGGGCUGCAGUACCGCGACUUCAUCCACAUAAGCUUCCACGACAAGGUCUACGAGCUCCCCUUCAUAGUGGCCCUGGAUCACAGGAAGGAGUGCGUGGUGGUCGCGGUGAGAGGAACCAUGUCUCUGCACGACGUCCUCACGGACCUGUCGGCGGAGAGCGAGACCCUGGACCUGGGGUAUGACGCGCAGGACUGUCUGGCUCACAAGGGCAUCUCCCAGGCUGCCAGGUACGUGUACCGUCGCCUCGUCAGUGACGGGAUUUUGAGCCAAGCCUUCAGCGUUGCCCCCGAGUACCGGCUGGUCGUCGUGGGGCACAGCCUGGGGGCGGGCGCCGCGGCCCUGCUGGCCUUCAUGCUCCGAAGCUCCUACCCGCACGUCAGGUGCUACGCCUUCUCCCCACCCCGGGGGCUGCUCAGCAAAUCCCUUCAUGAGCACUCCAAGGACUUCACGGUGUCCCUGGUCCUGGGCAAGGACGUGAUCCCCAGGUUGAGCGUGGCCAACCUGGAGGACCUGAAGAGGAGGAUCUUGCGAGCGAUCGCCAACUGCAACAGGCCCAAGUACGAGAUCCUGCUGCGCGGGUGCUGGUAUGAGCUCUUCGGAGGGAGCCCGCAGGGCCCGCCCACCGAGCUGGACACCUGCGGCCGCGUGGACCUGACACAGCCCCUCCUCGGGGAGCAGAGCCUGCUGACGCGCGGCUCCCCGCUGCCGUCGCCCACCAAGUACCCGCCCCUCUACCUCCCGGGCCGGAUCAUCCACCUGGAGGAGGAAGGCGCUUCGGGGAGGUGCUCCUGCUACACCUCGCAGUACACCGCCCGGUGGGCGCAGGAGUCAGAGUUCAGCAAGAUACUCAUUGGCCCGAAGAUGCUGACCGACCACAUGCCGGACAUCCUGAUGCGAGCCCUGGACCGCGUGGUGUCGGGCCCGGCUGUCUGCGACGCCUGUCCCGCCCCGGGCGGCUUCGGCGCGGACGACACGCGCGCACCGUUGUGACCCGAUGACGCCCGAGCGCAGCCCCCGCCGCCAAGGCAGUGGUUCCCGAACUGUAAGUGCGAGCCAAGGAUUGCCAGGAUCUUGAGGGACAAGGGACCAGGAGAAACAGGUGCAGAAGCUUCCCACCACCCCAGCCCCAGGCGGCAGGCGGCAGAAGUGCCGCAACCACAGAACUGACCCACGAGGCCGAAAGAGGGUCUUCAGGGAAUUAAACCAGAACCCCGCACCCCGGAAGUUAAAAGCAUGAAAGACACGAACAGAAAUGGACACGUGAAUAAUGGGAGCCACGAGGUUCCAGACCACGAGGGAUAAAAAUAAACCCAGGCCCUGGAAGACCCAGGGAAAGUCCCCCCAAAUCCCAGUGUGGCGGGCGUGGCCAAGGAAGCCUGGAGAGCGGCCCCCAAAACCCCGGAGGGAGCUCAGUGCCGGCUAGCCUGGCAUUCCAGACCCAGCGGGGAGACGGCAGGGUGGGGGGAGUGGUUUCCGAAGCCGUGGGGGCUCAAACACGGCAAGUUCCCACCCUCCUCGGGGGGCUCGCGGAGAACCUGCUUGCCGCCACGAGGAGGCACGUGAAAAACAAGGCGGCAGGUGUAGGCAGCAAACCACCACAGGUGAGGGUGGUCAGAGGGUGCCGAGACUUCAGGAAAGUGAACCCUGAUGAGACGUGGAACACACCUGCACACCUGCCAGGUGCAGGCAGCAGCAAAGUGAGCCUUAAAUGAACGCGUUAUCUCCCGAGGAACCGACAGCUGUUCAGGGAAAGGCCGACUCCCGCCGCCGCAUGGCGCGGGUGCGUUUCACGCAGUGACAGCACAGACACCGAACAGUGAGUGCCAACCAUGGGGACCUUACGGCACUGAGGCGGCAGGAACGGUGCAGGGGGCGGGGGGCCCUCGGGGGCAGCUGGCAGGCGGGAAGCCCUGGCUUCUCCCGCGGCGGGCACGUCAGCAGCCGCGGUGGGACUGGGAAACCCAACCGCCUGUAAAGGCACAGGGUUUCGACUGAGCCCCGGAGAGCAGCUGGCAGUCGACUUGAUCCCCAUCAGGUUUCAUCCAUCCUCGUGUGACGAGGCCCCGUAAAAUCCCCGAAGGGGGGUCCUCAGAGCUCCCGUGCUGGGGAGCACUCGGGGACUGCGGGGAGAGUGGCCCCGGUGGGGCACGGGAACCCCGCACCCUCGCCCCACCCAACGUCCGGCUGGGCCACAGCCUUUUCUAGUAAGCCAGUGAUUUAUAAGUAAAAAAAAAAAGCAUAUGACUUACACAUGUGGAAAUAAAUUUAAGAUGAAGAGAUACACAUGCAGAAACAAAAAAAUCUCAAAAGCACUUGGCUCUGGGGAGGGUAUAAAAGGGGAAGACUGCCUCUUCUGUAGCAAAUCUUUGGAACUGUUUGUUCUUUAAACAGUAUGUAUCUGUGGUUAAAAAGCAACUCAGAACACUCAAAGCAGAAGAGUCUUUAGAAAGUGGGUUGUCACCAACUACUUACAGCACAACUCCAGGUUCUGGAAAGAUCUGGAAGUCGUACCGUCAGCGCCCGCCCUCCCACGAGGCCGGCCUGGGUCCCGACAUCUCACUCGCAGCCCAGAGCCCUGGCCCGAGACACCCACACAGUGCACGUGUGCGCACACAGCUACCCACGCGUCCUAGGGUGGGCACCGUCUCAGCGACAUGCAGCUGGUCCGAAACCAGACCACCCAUGUCUCCCCCUAGAGGGGCCACUCCCCACCCCCCACCCCCAGCACGGAAACUCACACGGGAGACGCACACGCGGUGAGGCACGUGCACACACCCCAGGAGGGGGGUCACCAGGGUCUCAAAGGAUUUAAGUCCUGGCGCAGACCGGCGCCUCUCCCGGCCCUCAGGAGUGCAUCUCCAACACGGGGUCCCCAACCUCGGGGCCUUGGUACCAGUCUGGGCCUGACAGGAACCGGGCUGCAGAGCAGGAGGUGGGCUGGGAUGGAAUGCCCUCGAACUACCCUGAAGCCACCCCCCUCACCCUGUUCUGUGGAGAAAUUCUCUUCCAUGAAACCGGUACCUGGUGCCAAAAAGACUGGGGCCUGCUGUCCUAAACCCAAGGGUUCCCACGAGACUCGCAACCAGGGGAGCCACGGGCAGCGGCGGUGCGUCCGGAGCUGACCCCUGAACCUGUCUCCAAGGCCCGCCCCCACCCCCGACUCCCCCGUGAGCCAGAGCGGCCCGCCGGGGCUCCCCCGCUGCUGCUUCUGUCCUGGCCCUUGUUUCCCUGCCCCCAGCUUUAACAAACACAGUCUCAAAAUAAAAAGUAAAAAAAAAGAA